AUGGACGUGGUGCACGGUUUUCUUCUCCAAGUGCAGAAUGCCACAAAAGCGCCGCCGGCCCAACAGCCGCAGAUGCUCCUUUCGUGUUUGCGUCUCCACCCGUCGCUCAAUCCGUUCGUCGUACAGUUGAACAAUGUGGGGAACUUGGAAGAAGAGCAGAUUGCACAGGCGGUCGAGAUGCGCCAUUUUUUCAACGACGACUGGGCGGCAAUGAACCUGGUGAUUGUCUCGUUUGUCCAUCUAGCCAAUCAGCUAGAGCCCUGGUCGCUACUCGAGUCGUUUGAUCUCUACUCGCGAUACUUGAACGAUUUAUCCAUUGCAUUCACCAACAAGGCCCGGGGCCACCUUCUCACGCCGCUCUUGGAGGACCUGAUCGAGUUCAUAAUCCCGCUUGCGUCGCGUUUGGAUCACCAGCUCUUGCUCAAGGAGAAACACAGAAAACCUCGGCUCACAUACGUGGCGUCUGUUCUUUUGAGAAUCUUCAAUAGCAUCCGCUCGCUGUUGGGCGCUGGCGAUCACAUCGAGAUGAUGAAAAAGUCCAUCAUGCUUUACAUUGGCGCAAGGCUUUGUCUCGUGUAUUUCCGUUUGGGCAACCCGCUUCUAUGUCGCAAUGUGUUUUCCAACAUGAACAAUGCCAAUCUCCAAUUCCACUCGUAUCCCAUGAACCAACAGCUUCAGUACCGGUACUACUUGGCCAAGUUUUACAUGGUCAAGUACCAGUUUGUUGAUGCAUUCCAGCAUUUUUCCUGGUGUCUCCAACAUUGUCCACCAAACCAUCUCCAAAACAACUUGAAUGUCACCAAGAUUCUACGAGAUUAUCUUCCUGUUUCGAUAGUGUUGGGCAAGAGACCACGGAUCGAAAACUUCAAGUCGUUUUUCUACACAUCGCAGGCCCAGUGCCCGGCGUUUCUAGACUUGUACGGCCAAAUAGUGGAAACCGUAAACCGAGGCAGUUUGUUUGAUUUUCACCAAUUGAUAAAUCACCCGCCCAACUACGAGUUUCUAAAGCUGCACUACCUUUUGCUUUUCAUCUCGAUCAAAACGUGUGUGGUGAUACUACGGAAUUUGGUAAGGAAAGUGUGGCUGGCCCAAGGGAAACAUCCGAGACUAGACUAUGACGCCAUCAAAGUGGCCCUUGAACUUUCAUUGAACGGAAUAUCCAUUAAUGCUGUGCCAGCACAAACGUCUCUGGCACAAAAACCAUCGGCUCCGGUAGAUGAUUUGAUUGUUGAAAACUGUCUCAUCACACUCAUAGACCAGAACUUGCUCAAAGGCAAGUUGUUUCCCAGACUUCGUGUGGUCUCAUUGAGUAAGACAGUUGCCUUUCCUUCUGUGGACAGUAUUAAUUUUGUGAAGUUUGGAAAUGGCACCGAGGGGAAACUUAGCUAUGCAGACAAGUGGAUGAACUAA